ACGGACUGCAGGCAGCUGCAAUGAUGCUCUCUGCGGUUUGCUGUUAAUAAAAUCACAAAUACAAAGACGAGGACAUCUCAGUCGCAAGGGCAACACCCGUCUCCUGCAUUUUAGGUCACCGAAAAAACCGUCAGGACAAAGGCAGAUUGUAGCUUCUCUGUUAGGAUGUCAUCAUCUGAAAAUGCUGCGUCACAUGAAGUUUGUGAAGCCUCACCCCCUACAGCAGAGGCUGACGAACCCGUGAGGAUUGUUCUGUUGGGGAGGACAGGAACAGGCAGAAGCUCCUCCGGCAACACCAUCCUGGGCAAAUCCGCCUUCUGUGUCAAGGUCUCCCCCUGUUCUGUCACCACACAGUGUAACAGACAGACUUGGACAGUAGACGGGCGGAGCAUCUCUGUGAUUGACACUCCAGGUUUCUUCCACACACACCUGUCCCCUGAGCAGGUCAUGGCAGAGGUGGGACAGUGUGUUGUCCUUUCCUCUCCGGGACCCCACGCCUUCUUGGUGACCCUGCAGCCUGGCAGAUUCACCCACGAGGAGAAGGAUGCUUUAGAGUGGAUCAAGGCUAUGUUUGGACCUGGAGCUGCCAGGUUUACCAUGGCGUUGUUUACCUGGGGAGACCAGCUGCAGGGCAAACGCAUCGAGGACUUCCUGGAAGAGAACAAUGAGCUGUCGGAAUUUGUCAACAGCUGCCAUGGGGGGUACCAAGUCUUUGAUAAUAGUGAACAGGACAAGACAACGGAGUGCUCACAACAGGUCAGACAGCUUCUGAAGAAGGUAGACAACAUUGUGGCGACCAAUGGAGGCAGUUGCUAUAGCAGUGAGAUGUUCAAGGAGGCUGAGAGGGCCAUCAGAAGGGCACAAGAGAGGAUUCUGGGAGAAAGAGGACACAAAGUGGAGUCCCUUCAGAAGGAGGCUGAAGACAAACAAGAGCCGGGACCAGAGGUGGAGAGGAGGAGGGAGGAAGAAGAGGCCAGGAAAAGGGCGGAGAGGCUUUUCUGGUGCGAGCUGGUGACGGCGCUGGGAAAAGGUGCAGCAGAGGGGGCAGGGAUCAUGGGGAAAGACAAAGGAAAAGGGAAAGCUGUGAAGAAGGUGAAGGUGAUGGAGAAGGCGGCAGCUCUGGCUGCAUCGCCUCUGUCCAUCAGUUCUGCUGCAAAAGCAGUGGGAGGGGCUGUGAGAGAGGGAAGCAAGGUGUUAUAUAAACACAGAAAAACCUUCCUGCACUGAUGACUAUGACCAUAUUUAAUGAGGUGUUUCCAGGAAACAGGGACAUUGUGGCGUCUGUGGUCAGCAGUCACUUAGCUUUGUUUUCACUGUCAAUCAUACAUCUAAUGUUAUCAGUCUGUUUAACAUCAGCACAACGCACCAGCACUUUCAGAUCAUACUGUUAAAUAAGAAUGUAUGUAUGUAUGUAUGUAUGUAUGUAUUUGUCCUCCCUACAGAAAGGUAAACAUCCUGGUGUGUUGCAGUCCAUCUGGAUUGGUAACAAAAGAACAUAGCCACACCUUUGAUUUGAGAGAAUUCACGUUAUAAUAAAUGUCAUAAAAACGGUGUGCAAUUCAACUCACAACAACUCACUGACCAAAACUAAGUGUCAAAAAACACCUUUUAUAGAAAUUCAGCAUGCUCUGAUGCCAUUUCCCCAAUUUUUAUCCCUGACACAACAAGACAGCUGAGUCAAGGAAACUACAAACUGCAGCAGAUAUCUGUUCCAUCUUUGUUUUCAUUUUAGGCCUGGCAAAAAAUGUUGAGCCCUUUUCUCUCCCGUGAAGGAAUACAUUGAAAUAUAAAUGACAAAGCGCUUAAGAGGAAAUACAAAAACAUAACAUACUUGGCGAUAAGGAUAGAAAUGUUUAAACAUAAUACAGUAAAAUAUUCAAGGAGUGUCUAACAUUACAGACCCAAAGAGGAAGACAUUUUGUGGAAGUACAAAUUUACUGAAUAUUACUGUGAAUCAACAGGCAAGACUGAUAUUGUCAAACCCAAGUAGGUGAUUGGAUAGGAACACAGGAAA